UCUCGUGUGUAUGUGUGCGUGCGCAGUGUCGGUUUAAACUGGAAAGAAAACAGGACCGAAAGCGGACGCACUGACAGAUUUCUACAGAAAUGGAAGGCAUCAGUGAUGUUGCAGUUGGAGUGAAGAGGGGAUCAGACGAGCUGAGUAUGUACAGCAGUCCCAACUCUGGCGUGAGCAGUAUCAGUGAUGGGGCUUCCAACGGCAGUGACAGUAAAAAGUUGAGGGUGGAGGAGGCCCCGCCGUCUCGCGUGCUCCACAUCAGGAAACUGCCCAACGAGGCCUCGGAGACCGAAGUCAUCGCCCUGGGCUUGCCUUUCGGCAAAGUCACCAAUAUCCUCACACUAAAGGGAAAGAACCAGGCGUUCUUGGAGAUGGGGACGGAGGAGACAGCCAUCACCAUGGUCAACUACUACACCACUGUAACGCCUCACAUCCGCAACGUCCCUGUGUUUAUCCAGUACUCCAAUCACAAAGAACUCAAAACCGAUUCCGGCAAUCAGCGGACCCAGGCGGUUCUUCAGGCGGUGUCAGCUGUCCAGUCCGGCGGGUCGCCAAGCUCCGACGUUCAGGAGGCUCUCGCCGCAGCCUCCAGUCCCGUGCUGCGGAUCAUCAUCGAUAACAUGUUUUACCCCGUAACGCUGGACGUACUGCAACAGAUUUUCUCCAAGUUCGGCACGGUCAUGAAGAUAAUCACAUUCACCAAGAACAAUCAGUUCCAAGCCCUUCUGCAGUUCAGCGAUCCCGUCAAUGCACAGCAGGCCAAACUGGCCUUGGAUGGCCAGAACAUCUACAAUUCAUGCUGCACGCUGCGUAUCGACUUCUCCAAACUGGUCAACCUAAAUGUCAAGUACAACAACGACAAGAGUCGCGACUACACGCGACCCGAGCUGCCUGCUGGCGACGGCCAGCCCAGCCUUGACUGCACUGUGGCCGCCGCCUUCAGCAAAGACUCCAACUCCCUCCUCGGUAAGAUCCCAGGAGCCCUGAACCCUUUGAGCGCUGCGGCGGCUGCUGCUGCUGCUGCAGGCAGGGUGGCGCUCGCUGGACAGGCGGGGUCCAGUGGGGUCCUUCUGGUCAGCAACCUCAACGAGGAGAUGGUUGCGCCCCAAAGUCUGUUUACCCUCUUCGGAGUGUACGGCGAUGUCCAGAGGGUGAAGAUUCUUUACAAUAAGAAGGACAGCGCUCUCAUUCAGAUGUCGGACUCCAACCAGGCCCAGCUAGCGAUGAGCCACUUGAACGGCCAGAAGAUGUACGGAAAGAUCAUCCGCGUGACGCUGUCCAAGCACCAGACCGUGGCUCUGCCCCGGGACGGCCUGGACGACCAGGGCCUGACCAAGGACUACGCCAACUCCCCACUUCAUCGCUUCAAGAAACCCGGCUCCAAGAAUUUCCAGAACAUCUUCCCGCCGUCUGGCACCCUCCACCUCUCCAACGUCCCACAAGACGUGACGGAGGAUGACCUGCGGCUGCUCUUCUCAAACGCUGGAGGAACUGUGAAAGCUUUCAAGUUUUUCCAGGAUCGCAAAAUGGCUCUGAUCCAGAUGUCGACGGUGGAGGAGGCCAUCCAGGGCUUGAUUGACCUGCACAACUACAACAUGGGAGGCAGCCAGCACCUGAGAGUCUCCUUCUCUAAGUCCACCAUCUAAGAACAGCAGCCAACGUGACCCACAGUCUGGGAGCUGGUGGUCAGAAACCUUACAGACUGUCUGUACACUGGGGGGGGGGGGGGGUCGACCAUAUUGAGUGAAUCAGUUGUUGGGCUUUUGUUGAUCCUGUCAUUCCUUGGGAGAGAGAGAGAGAGAGACUGACAUUUCUGACAUCAUUUUUUUUUUUUUUUUUAAAAGAGGAAACUAGUUUUUUGCAGAUACUGGAUCCUCCCAGCUGUUAACUGUACCUCUGUAUUAUAUCAGGCAAACAUAUUGACAUGAUUGAUUGUCUCUCCCCCCCCUCCCCCCCCCCCUCUAUGAUAGUUUGAUGUCGAUCGGUGUUUAACUCUUUAUUUAGUUGGAAAGAUACAGUACUUAUGUGCCUUACUUGACAAUAUCAACUGCUCCUACAGCUGGACAUGUUCAUUUAUUACCCUCUUAUACGUUUGAGGCACAUUGGUAUUGGUAUAUAUUUUUGAGGGACAGUGAGAAGACGAGCUGUUUUGUCGUCCUCUAAACUUUGUUACAGUUGUUUUUAGCUCUUUGGGGGGGUUUUACAUUCAUAACAUUUUCCCUUUUUAUAGUUAAGCAACAGAAGAGAAUAUUACUUGAGGCUAAAUGUACGAGUUUAAAAGCAAUCCCGCGACAGGCAGCUUCACUUUGAACGCCAAUAUUCCACAAGUACGUUCAGCAUAAGAUCCUUCUCCCCCAGUUUUGAUUCCACAUAUUCAACCAAACAUCACAACGUGGCGAAGGUAUCCGUGUUUUAUUUGUGGAAGCCUUUCCUGUGCUUUGUUCUCCCACAUGUGUUCCAUGAGGUGUUUACUGUCAGUGACAAUGGUUCUCUAAAGCAUGUGUAGUUGUGACAGGAUCUCACUUCAGAAAGCGUUGCAUGCUGUGGAAGCAGUGAGACGAGUCCACUGUGAUGUAUUUGUCAUGUGACAGUUUACAUGGAGAGGGCUCCUCAGUUGGACCAAAGUUUCUGUGCCUUCAGUGGUUUAAUUCAUUUGAACUAACACAAAAAAGCAAAAAAAAAGUAUUUGAACACACUGAUGCCCAGAACUUUCAAGUGGUGACUUAAUUCCCGAUGUUUUUAAACUACCCAACCUUGGCUUGAGGUUAUUGCUCAGAAAUAAUAGUUGUGUAUUGUAUUUUAUUUUAUUUUUUUUUUAUUUUUUUUUUCCCCAAGUCUGAUUUUAUACAGCUGAAAAUGUAAUGAUUUGGUAUAGUUCUGAAGAGGCACAAUUAAAGGAUGAAUUAUUUUCUAACAAGGGGAGGUACGCCUUGGUGUCCUGCUCUUUUUUGUUUUUGUUGAGUUUUCCCUCAUGGUCUCUCCUGUGUAUUCUGCAUUACGUCUGUAGCAUGCUUAAUAAAACUAUUCUGUAGCUCCA